AUGGAGCUUCUUCCGAUGACCCAGGAUGCUAUCUCUUCAUCCAGCUGGAGUCUCGAAUCCUUCACUAUUGUCCCCUUGCCUCAUUUUAAUACCACAAACAACUACACUGGGGCAGAAGAUGAGGAGGCAUCAUUUGGGUCAGGGGGACACCUCCCGGGGCUAACUGGGAUCUUCAUCCCACUCAUCUAUGGCGUAGUCUGUGCCGUGGGCCUGGCGGGCAACACUCUGGUGAUCCACGUGGUGAUCAACCACAGCCGGGGGGCGUCGGCCACCAACAUCUACAUUCUCAACCUGGCUGUGGCUGACGAACUCUUCAUGCUGGGUCUCCCCUUCCUGGCGGCCCAGAACGCUCUCCUGUCCUGGCCUUUUGGCUCACUUCUCUGCCGGGUGGUGAUGACGGUGGACGCUAUCAACCAGUUCACCAGCAUCUUUUGCCUAGCUGUCAUGUCUGUGGACCGCUACCUGGCUGUGGCACAGCCAGUGCGAGCGGAACGGUGGCGGCGCCCGUCAGUGGCUAAGGCGGUGAGCACUGCUGUGUGGGCCGGGUCCUUCGUAGUCGUGCUCCCAGUGGUAGCAUUUGCAGAUGUGAGGCAAGGGGAAGGAGAUUGCGGGAUCAUGUGGCCAGAGCCGUCUGAGAUGUGGAAGACAGUGUUCAUAGUGUACACCUUCGCAGUGGGAUUCUGCUGUCCCCUGAUGGUCAUCUGCAUGUGCUACCUGCUCAUUGUCAUCAAGGUCCGCAGCGUCGGGAAACGUGCUCAGACAACAUCCUCACGUCGCCGUCGUUCCGAGCGCAAGGUUACCCGCAUGGUGGUGGUUGUGGUUGCUGUUUUCGUACUGUGCUGGCUACCCUUUUACGCCCUCAACAUCGUCAACCUUCUAGUGGUUUUGCCAGGAGACCUGCAGGGCCUCUACUUCUUUGUGGUGGCGCUGUCCUAUGCCAACAGCUGUGCCAACCCCAUUCUCUAUGCCUUCCUGUCCGAUAACUUCAAGAGAGGGUUUCGUAAGGCCCUGUGCCGGGUAUCGCGUCGGGUACGCAGCCACGAGAGGGCUGACAUCAAUGCACGUUGCCCCACCGAGCAGUGGGGAGGCAUGGUCAUACUCAGGGCGAAGAGCCGGGAGGAGGGGGCUUUAAGCAAUGCAAUAGAAUGUCCAGAAGGUUCUGAGAGGGAGAGGACUCCGGAAGUGGAAGAAGAGGAGAACGUUGGCGGGUGGGAGGAGGGAGCGGACAAGUCACAAGAUGUGAAGGCGGCGCUGGAAAUCAGCUGUUUGUGA